CAAACCCCGCUGACUGCAAUAGGCAUAAUCGCGCAAAAAAAGGUUGCAACAACUAAAUGUGCAAUACGACUCUGUUCUUUCUGACCCAGUGCCUUGCAUGGUCGAACACUAAGUGCACAAUUUAGUCUGCAUGCACAUGCAAAAGAGACCUCAUGCACGGAAAUAUAAAUCCAGCUGAGUAAGUGCAAGUGUGGGAGUUCAGUGUUUUCAUCUUUCUGCAGAACUGUUGUACUAUUUAAUCAGUUACUGUUAAGCCAAUGCAAGUUGUUUCUCUCAGUAUUGCACCUGGGAGUACCACUGACGCUUGAAUUGUAUUUUAAAACGAUUGCUGGUGGUCUCCACACACCGGUUGACUGCCUUUUUGCUCUUGGAGACGCGAAGGAACCGGCGGCAUUGCCAGCAGUGAAAUGUCCGGUCAGGUGAGAGAAACUGUAAAUGCGACCGAGGAUCUGGUAACUGUUGCAUGAGAGAACGGCCUCCAGAAGUUAACGCAGGAACACUCCUGGCUUGUGUUGUCGGAUCACAAUUAACAUUUUCCUGCCCUGACCGACACUCUCCGCUGGAGCGAUUCAGACCUGAAAUGCAGGAUUUCUUUGCCGACUAUGGCGGACAGGACUGAGUGCAGCACGGAUCUUGGGACAAUUUUUGAGUCGCAGAAGAGGCUACAUGAGGUUGUCAGAGGGCCGCACGCUUGCCUUUUUUGCCGACUCCACCUUCCCACCUCCUCCUGUUGAAAUCUGUGAAGAAACAAAAUCUCCGACAGGGGAGGGAGACUGAUAUCUGCUGAGAGGGAGAGCUGUGAGGGAAGGAGUUCAACAUUGCUGUCUUCUCCCCUACCGUCCCCCGAGCGGUGGGGGAACGUUCAGAAGCAUUUUUAAAGGGACAAGGAGACGCAAAUAACGGAAAUAUCGUUUGCCCUCCGUGGAUCUAAAGCAUUUUUUUGAAUUCGUCAAAAAAUAUGGCCGAUAAUGUCCUGGAGUCCGGCCCGCCUUCAGCCAAGAGGCCCAAGCUGUCCUCUCCAGCUCUGUCGGUGUCUGCGAGUGAUGGAAAUGAUUUUGGUUCACUCUUUGACCUGGAGCACGACCUCCCAGACGAGCUCAUCAGUUCCUCGGACCUGGGGCUAACCAAUGGAGGAGAUGUCAACCAACUCCACACCAGUCUUACAGGGCUCGGAGGAGGCAUUGGUUUGGGAGGCCAGGAUGCAGCUGCGAAACACAAACAGCUGUCUGAACUCUUGCGCGCUGGAGCACCAGCACAGCAGGGCGGCCCUACUUCCAACAGCACAGCACCCGGGGCUUCCAUGGGGAUGAUGGGGGGUGUCGGUGUCUCCCCUGGUGGACCUCAAGGCAUGCCCCCACAGGGCCAGCAACAGCAGCAGCCUGGACUAAUGCAGCAGGUUGGAAUGGUUGGAGGGGUGGCAGCGCUCAAUCGGGCAGCUGCCAUGAUGGGUGCCCAGAAGGGCAGUCCUGGACAGCAACAGCAAGGCCCGAUGGGGGGGCAGGUGAUGAAUGGCUCCCCAAGAAUGGGUUACCCUGGCAGUGCAGGCAUGGGUAACAAUACUAAUCUUUUGGCGGAAACCCUACAGCAGCAGCAGGGCGGUCAGCAAAUUGGACCUGGGGGUCAGGCAGGGAUGAGACCGCAGCAACCUGGAGCACUGAACAAGAUGAAUAUGAUGGCCAACGCGGGCCCCUAUGGUGGUCCGUACGGCCAGUCUGCAGGCCAGGGACUGCCUGGAGCAGGGCUGGGCCCACAGCUCCAGAAUAAGGCGGGCCUGCCCAACAAUAUGGCCACCCAGUUCAACAUGGACAAGAAGGCACCACCGGGUCAAGGCAUGCCUGGGAUGGCCGCCCAGCAGCCGCAGCCAACAGCGGUUGGUGGCGUAUCCGUCGGCGGAGCGGCAGCGGUGGGAGGGGCCCAGGUCGGGCUCAAUGCCGUCGGGGCAGGUCCCGGCGCAGCGCCCCCUACCGCAGACCCCGAGAAACGGAAGCUGAUCCAACAACAGCUGGUCCUCUUGCUCCACGCGCACAAGUGCCAGCGGAGGGAGCAGGCCAAUGGGGAAGUGCGGCAGUGCAACCUGCCUCACUGUCGCACCAUGAAGAACGUGCUCAACCACAUGACUCAUUGCCAGGCUGGCAAGUCCUGCCAUGUGGCGCACUGUGCCUCAUCCAGACAGAUCAUUUCUCAUUGGAAGAAUUGCACACGACACGACUGUCCUGUGUGCCUGCCUCUGAAAAAUGCUGGAGACAAGAGGAAUCAGCAGUGUGAGUCUCUUGUUAACAGUGCAGGGGUGGGUUUGGUGAACGCCUUAGGUACAGGGGUACCUGGUGGGCAGUCCAACACUCCGAACCUGAACCCUCCCAACCAGAUUGACCCCAGCUCCAUAGAGAGGGCCUACGCUGCUCUGGGUCUCACUUACCAGGGCAACCAGAUGCCGCAGCAGCCACAACAGGCCAACAUGCCAAACCAGGGGCUGCAGGGCCAGCCUGGGAUGAGACCUCUAAACACCAUGGGAGGAAACUCUAUGGGAGUGAAUGGUGGAGUGGGUGUGCAACCCCCCAACCAGCAGUCCAACCUACUGCCAAACGCCAUGUUGCACAGCAACAUGAAUGCACAGAGCUUGAUGAAUGAUGGUGUGGGGAACCUGGGCUCCAUGCCCACGGCGACUCCUCCUUCUGCUGCAGGCAUGAGGAAGUCUUGGCAUGAAGACAUCACGCAGGACCUCCGCAACCACCUUGUUCACAAGCUCGUGCAGGCCAUCUUCCCCACUCCUGAUCCAGCUGCGCUGAAGGAUCGGCGGAUGGAGAAUUUGGUGGCUUACGCUCGAAAAGUAGAGGGGGACAUGUACGAGUCAGCCAACAGUAGGGCGGAGUAUUACCACCUGCUGGCAGAGAAGAUCUACAAGAUCCAGAAGGAGCUGGAGGAAAAGAGGAGGACACGACUCCAGAAGCAGGGCAUGAUGCCGGGACAACCUGGCAUAGGCUCCCCAGGCCUCCCGCAGGGGCCGCCCAGCAUGGGACAGCCGCCCAUGGCCCCGGGGCAACCUGCAAAUGGUCCUCACGCUGAUCCGUCCAUGGUCCGACCAACUGGACCCAAUCAGAUGGUCAACAGAAUGCAGAACCCAGCAGGAAUUAACCAGUUUGGUCAAAUGGGGAUGCAGUCGAUGGGUCAGAGGUCGACACCGCCUCUUCCUCUGAAUGCUCCAAUGAACCAGAUGGGUAUGGGACCAACAAGGAUGGGUCAGCCCAAUGCCACGCAGUUACAGAACCAGUACCUCCCUCCAGGCCAGUUUCCUGGGUCCAGUCCUGGACGUGGUUCUGGUCCUGUUGGCAUGAACCAGCCAGGAGCGCAGACUGCAGUGCCACCGCAGAACCAGAUGUCAACACCGCCUUCCCUCCCAGCCAGUAGCCCCGCAGCACAGGCUGCCUCUUCUGCACCGGGCUCUGGAGCCCCUGGAAGUUCCAUGGGGCCUGGUAGUGCCAGUGGUGCUGGGCCUUUACCCAACCUGCCUCCAUCCUCUACCUCCACCCAGCCUAACUCCUACCCUCACUGUCCACCCAUCCGAACAAACUCCCCCUCACCAGCACGCAGCUUAACGCCUCAGCCGCAUCAGACGCCCCCCACGUUACCUAGAUCUCAGACCCCGCAACCACAGACUCCUGGCACACCCCAGCUGCCCCCUCCCCAGCACCCCCAACAGCAGCAGCAGCAACAACAGCAGCAGCAGCAACAACAGCAGCAACAACAAGCUUCACAGCAGCAGUCAUCAGGGCAGGCGGUGACCUCUGAGAAGACUAAUCACCUGCCACAGCAGACGCUUGGGGGUGUGGCUUCCUCAGGCCCCCAAGCAGGUCAGGCUUCGUUGGUGCCUACCCAGAAUGCUCAUGUGCCAUUGCAGCUGCCUCAGACCCCACUAUCUGCGAAGCCUUCUCUGACGGCAGAUGGUCAGGUGUCCUCUCCAGCCUCGGUCAGUAGCAGUACCAACCCCAAUUCCCAGCUCGCCCAGGCGGACUGUCCCGGUCCCAGCCAAGAAGACGUGAAAAUGGAGGUGAAAAAGCAGGAGGACGACGACGAAGGGACUGACAGCCAAGGAGAAGGCAAGGGGAAGAUGGGAAAGGGUCAGCCUGAUAUGAAGACGGAGGAGAAACCUGAGAUAAAGAAAGAAAAGCCGUCAGGAGAUGGAUGUAAAGGUGAGCCCAUGGAUACGUCUUCAUCCUCGGUGUCAUCGUCAGUAGCGACAGGUGAAGACAAGAAGCCGGAGGUGAAGAAAGAGCCCAAAGAGGAAGAGGAGGGGUCAGGGUCAACAGCCACCAACAGCUCCCCAGCCAGCGCUCAGAGCAAGAAGAAAAUCUUUAAGCCGGAGGAGCUGCGUCAGGCUCUCAUGCCCACCCUGGAAGCUUUGUACCGGCAGGACCCUGAGUCCCUUCCCUUCCGUCAGCCGGUGGACCCCCAGUUACUGGGAAUACCCGACUACUUUGACAUCGUGAAGAACCCCAUGGACCUGUCGACCAUCAAGCGGAAGCUGGACACGGGACAGUACCAAGAGCCUUGGCAGUACGUCGAAGAUAUCUGGCUGAUGUUCAACAAUGCCUGGCUGUACAACCGCAAGACGUCCCGCGUGUACAAGUAUUGCUCAAAGCUGGCUGAGGUGUUCGAGUCGGAGAUCGAUCCCGUCAUGCAGGGCCUGGGAUACUGUUGUGGGAGGAAGUUUGAGUUUUCCCCCCAAACUCUUUGCUGCUAUGGAAAACAAUUAUGCACCAUCCAACGUGACGCUGCUUAUUUUAGCUACCAGAACAGUUCACCAAAAUAUGGGCUUCUUGCUGACAGGUACCACUUCUGUGAGAAGUGUUUCAACGAAAUCCAAGGAGAGAGCGUUUCCCUGGGGGAUGACCCCUCCCAGCCUCAGACGUCCAUUAACAAAGACCAGUUCCAACGAAAGAAGAACGACACGCUCGACCCUGAAUUGCUUGUGGAAUGUAUUGACUGCGGUCGUAAAAUGCACCAGAUCUGUGUCCUGCAUAAUGAAACCAUAUGGCCGUCUGGCUUUGUAUGUGACAACUGCCUCAAAAAAGCCAAUAAGACGCGGAAAGAGAACAAAUACGCAGCCAAAAGGCUUCCUCAGACCAAGUUGGGGGGCUUUUUGGAGUCACGAAUAAACGACUUCCUCAAGCGGCAGAGCCACCCUGAAUCUGGUGAGGUCACCAUCCGCGUGGUCCAUGUCUCAGACAAGGUGGUUGAGGUCAAGCCGGGCAUGAAGUCCAGGUUUGUUGACAGCGGAGAGAUGUCCGAGUCCUUCCCGUACAGGAUGAAAGCCCUGUUUGCAUUUGAGGACAUCGACGGAGCAGAUGUGUGCUUCUUCGGCAUGCACGUCCAAGAGUACGGCUCGGACUGCCCGCCUCCCAACCAGAGACGAGUGUACAUCUCUUACCUGGACAGCGUGCACUUCUUCAGACCUAGACAUCUCAGGACUACUGUCUACCACGAGAUCCUGCUUGGCUACCUGGAGUAUGUCAAGAGGCAGGGGUUUACAACAGGUCAUAUCUGGGCCUGUCCACCCAGUGAAGGGGAUGAUUACAUCUUCCACUGCCACCCAGCAGACCAGAAGAUCCCCAAGCCAAAACGCCUGCAGGAGUGGUACAAGAAGAUGCUGGACAAGGCUGUUUCUGAGCGCAUUGUCCAUGAUUAUAAGGACAUCUUCAAGCAGGCAACAGAGGACCGGCUGACCAGCGCCAAGGAGCUGCCAUACUUUGAGGGCGACUUCUGGCCCAACGUACUGGAGGAGAGCAUCAAGGAGCUGGAGCAGGAGGAGGAGGAGAGGAAGAGGGAGGAGAACAGUACCUCGAAUGAGAGCACAGAUGCCACAAAAGGAGACAGCAAGAAUGCCAAAAAGAAGAACAAUAAAAAGACAAGCAAGAACAAGAGUAGCUUGAGCCGAGCCAACAAGAAGAAGCCGGGGAUGCCCAACGUUUCCAAUGAUCUUUCCCAGAAGCUCUAUGCCACCAUGGAGAAACAUAAGGAGGUCUUCUUUGUCAUCCGCCUCAUUGCUGGCCCCACCGCCAACUCGCUGCCCCCCAUCACGGACCUGGACCCCAUGAUGCCCUGUGACCUGAUGGACGGCCGCGACGCCUUCCUGACUCUGGCCAGGGACAAGCACCUGGAGUUCAGCUCUCUCAGGAGGUCCAAGUGGAGCUCCAUGUGUAUGCUGGUGGAGCUGCACAACCAGAGCCAGGACCGCUUCGUCUACACCUGCAAUGAGUGUAAACACCACGUGGAGACACGCUUCCACUGCACAGUCUGUGAGGACUAUGACUUGUGCAUUACCUGCUACAAUAUUAAAGGUCAUGAGCACAAGAUGGAUAAGCUUGGGCUUGGACUGGACGAUGACAGCAACAACCAGGCAGCAGCAGCUACCCAGAGCCCGGGAGACUCUCGCCGUCUCAGCAUCCAGCGCUGCAUCCAGUCGCUGGUCCACGCGUGCCAGUGCCGCAACGCCAACUGCUCCCUGCCGUCCUGUCAGAAGAUGAAGCGUGUUGUUCAGCACACAAAAAGCUGCAAGCGAAAGACGAAUGGUGGCUGUCCCAUCUGCAAGCAGCUCAUUGCCCUGUGCUGCUACCAUGCCAAACACUGCCAGGAGAACAAAUGUCCCGUCCCGUUCUGUCUGAACAUCAAGCAAAAGCUCCGGCAGCAGCAGCUGCAGCACAGGCUCCAGCAGGCCCAGAUGUUAAGGAGGAGGAUGGCCAGCAUGCAGAGAGUGGGCCAAGCAGCCGGAGGGCCACCGGGAGGACCUGUAGUAGGACUUCCAUCACCAGGGAACAAUGGUACCACGGCGCCCAGUACCCCAACUUCUGGUGGAACCCAACCACCAACACCCCAGACCCCAACUCAGGCCAUGCCUCCAGUCCCACAGCAAGGAAUGGGCCCUGGACCUGGAGUCCAGCAGCAACAGCAGCCAGGUGGCAUACCUGCACAAGGUGGCAUACCUCCUCAGCACCUUCACCACCAGUUCCAGCAGAUGGCAGGUGGAGGAGGUGGGGCUGGGGGGAUAAUGAAUUCUCCCCAACAUCAGCAACAGAUGCUUCCUCAGGUCCAGCAGCAGCAAAGUGGAGCAGAGACCAACCCUCAACAGCUCCAACAGCACCCAAACAAUUUGCCUCCAUAUGCCAGCAGACCCCCAGGCUCUUCCCCAAUCCAUCAGUCCCAGGGCAAACCAGUCCUCGGCUCUGCAACACCUCCCCAGCAACAGCCAGGUGGUGCUGGCAUGGCUGGAAGUGUUGGGGGCCAACAACCUCCCAGUCAGCCCCAGGGUCAGCCACCCCUUCCACAGCAGCAACAGCAGCCCCCUUCUGGCCCUCCACCGGCAGCAGUAGAAAUUGCCAUGAAGAUCCAACAGGUAGCCGAUGCCCAGAGGAAGAUGGCUCUGCAGAGGCAAGCAGCCCAAGCAGCUGCAGGCUUGAUGCCUCCUCACGCCCACCAUCAACAGGGUCAAGGUCAGCAGAUGGGCAUGGGACACCCAGGGGCAGUAGGGAUGGUUGGACCCCAGGGCAUGCCACCACAGACACAAGCAGCAGUGGCAGCUGCUCGGGCCCACAUGGAUCAACCGCAAGGUGCUCCACCAGGGAUGAUGGUUGGCACUGCUGGGCCUAUGCAGCAACCCCCUCAGCAGGGUAACCUGCCCCAGGGCCAGCUCCCCCCUCAGGUGCAGCUUCAGCAGCAGAGGAUGGGUGCUCCACUUCAAAACCCUCAACAGCAGCAACAGCAGUGGGCUGGCCAGGGGAUGCCACCUCAGCAGAGGCAAGCUAUGAUGAAUCAAAUGGGCCAUCCAGCCAUGAUGGCAACUCAACAGCAACAACAACAACAACAACAACAGCAGCAAAUGCAACAACAGCAACAACAACAACAACAGCAGCAGCACCAACAAGCUCAGGGCCAUGCUGCCUUGAUGAAUAUGGCUCAGCAGCAGCAGCAAGGUGCUGGUGGUGGGGUCCCAGGGGGAGCAGUCCCUGGAGCUGCUGGUAUCCCAGGGAUUGGUGCUGCUGGUGGGAACAUCCCCCAAGCAGCCCUGCAGGAGCUGUUAAGGACUCUCCGCUCGCCCAGCUCACCACUCCAGCAACAGCAAGUCCUCAACAUCCUGCGGUCCAACCCACAGCUCAUGGCUGCCUUUAUCAAACAGAGGGCUUCAAAAUACAAGGGGGUGCAAGGGGGUCCACCUGGACCCGGUGGUGUCCCUGGAGGUCCUGGACCCACGGGGGGUCCUGUUGGUAAUGUCAUGGCAGGAGGAGGCCCACAGGUGAACUUGAAUGCUGCAGGUCCUGGCCAGCCAGGUAUGCACAUGGGGGGUCAGGGAGGCACAAAUGUCAACAUGGCCGCUAUGGCCCAGCUGCAGCAAGUCCAGCAGCAGCAGCAGCAGCUACAGCAGCAGCAGCUACAGCAGCAGCAGCAACAGCAGCAGCAGCAACAGCAGCAGCAGCUACAACAGCAGCAGAGGCCAAUGCUAAGCAGUUUACAACAGCAGCAAGUGGCAGCUCUCCAGCAGCAGCAACAGCAGCAGCAAGGGGGAGGAAGAGGCAUGCAGGGCCAGGGGCCACAGAUGGGAAAUCUCAACAGUCCCCAGUUUAGAGAACUGCUCAUGAGACGGCAUCUCCAGCAGCAGCAACAACAACAACAACAACAACAACAGCAGCAGCAGCAGCAACAGCAACAACAACAGCAGCAGCAGCAACAACAGCAAAUGGGAGUAAAUCAUGGUCAGUUCCAGCAGCCACAGCCACCACAGGGUCAGGGCUACAUGGGACAGCCUGGGAUGCAGCCUCCUUCAGUGGGACAGGGCCCACCUGGAGGACCACCGCUUGGCCCUCCGCACCCUGGUGGUCCCCCAGGCCAACAGGGGCAAGGUUACCCAGGGUUGGUGGCUCAGCAGCAGGUUACAGCUGCACUCCAGCAGAGGCUUCAGCACCAGCACCAUCUCCAGAUGCAGCAGCAGAAUGCCAUGGCUGGCCUGCCAGGAGGUGAUGCAGGUGGAGGGAGUGUAGGAGGUCCUCAGCAACCACCUCAGGGCCCUCAACCCACUCAGAGUGGGCCCCCACCGCCAUCGUCUCAGGCCCUGCUUCAACAGGCCAUCCACCAGAGGCUGCUCCAGCAGCAGCAGCAGCAUCUGGGCCCUGGCGGGUCACCAGCACAGCACAGCAAUCCCAUGAGCCCUCAGCAGCCACAGCAGAUGGCUCAGUCCCCGCACCUGCAGGGCCAGGCGCUGCCCACGUCCCUGGCUAACCAGGUGCGAUCCCCACAGCCUUCACCCAGACCCCAGUCCCAACCGCCACACUCCAGCCCGUCCCCACGCAUGCAGCCCCAGCCCUCCCCACAUCACAUCUCCCCCCAGAUGCAGACAGGUUCCCCACACCCAAGCCACCUGAACCAGCACCACCCAGGUAUGGUGGUCCCUCCACAACAACAGCAACAGCCAACGACACAGCAACAGAACUCUGUUGAGCAGUUUGGGUCGGACCAGAGCGCCAUGCUUUCUCAGCUGAGCGGCAUGGCUGGUCUCCACGGGCCGGGGGGCAACGGCCAGGACCCACUGGGCCAGAAUAUGAAUCACAACCCUUUAGACAUUAUGUAGGAAUUCUACUUAACGUGUCAAGUUGAGCUGAAACGCUCUGAUUCUUCGCACAAACUGCACUCACCCAGGACAGUGUUAUUGUUAUUACUUAGCCUUUCUUUUUUAUACUAUUAUUAAAUGUUAUUUAAAAUGUUUUCAAUAAAGAUGCAUUGAACUGAACUUCCUAUGGGAGAUGAACAAUAAGUCAAGCAGUCGUUAAAUAAAUUAGAAUAAAUGAAUUGUAAGUUAUUGCUGUUAAUAUAUUUUUUUGCCAAUUGUGGACAAAGAGGGGGAUGGUUUCUCUAGCACCCCCCUCACCUCCACGUCUUGCUGAAUACAAGAAAGGUGAUAUUUUCGGGGUUUGGGGGGUAAAUAGGAGUAAUUGCCUUUUUUAAGAAAUGUUUUUAAGAUUUUAAAAGUGGUCGAGAAUUAAAGAGGAGAUGAUUUAAUGCAAAGAACUUUUUUUAUCAGUUUCAUUUCCCAUCAUUCAGUCUGUCUAUUUCUGUUUUGCAGAGUGAUGUGGAUUAUUAUUAAUGUAAAUGCAAACAUGAUGCAUAUCUUCAUUUUUAUAUGUUUGGGUUUGCUUUAUUUAUUGUUUUCUUUUGCAGGGGGUGGGGUUGGGCGUAUUAUGUAUCCUGACACUGCUACAAUUCGUAUAGAAAUAUAUUUUUGUUAUUGACUGUUAAGAUGGAGUUAGUGGACAUUUCAUUUCACUUUAGAUGUCUUUAGUUGGGUCUUUCCAGGUGGGAAUAAUUAAAUGUCAGUGUUUUAUUGCAGUGGUUGAGGGUCUGCUGUGAGUUUGACAUGUUGAACGGACAUGUGACGUCCCGGCCAGCUUCUGUAUUGGGCAUCGGUCAUGCUGGAAGGGACUCUUCCCUCGCGAACAUGCAAGCCCUCUCCCUCGAAUGUGUGUGCACUCCUUCCUUUAAAGACACUUAAUAUGGAGCAGUGGAGGCUUGGGGAGGGGGGGUGCAUACCUGUGUGCCUGUAACAUUUUGAGUACAUGGGCUGGGAUGUGAAAAAAAUGGGUGGGGUGGGCUCCUUUUAGUGUUUUUAGGAUUCUACUGUUUGGAGUAAACAGAGGAUUUUGAUCCAAAUGAACUGUGUUGCACAGAAAUGAGGAGAAGGGAGGAGAUAUGAGCAGUCAGUCUCUGUCUCUUUCGGCCUCAUCCCCUUUGCUGCUUCCCUUGGACUUUAAAACCCCUCCCCCAACUCUGGGGGAGGUUGCCCCCCCCCCCCAACUCCAUCCUCUUUAUCUUUCUGCUAAGAACUUUGGGAGUUUAAUUUAAUAUUUUUUACUGUACAAAGGAAACACAAACUGUGGACUCAAAUACUG